AUGUGGCGUCCCUUUCCCCGGGGCUGCGGCUCGUCCUGGACAGUGUUUGUGUGUGUGGACGCGGAGGUCGUGAAGUCGCUCAGUGUGUGCAGAAACAGCGCCGCCCAGUUCAGAAACAGUUCCGUGCGCUAUUUUGGAGGAAAGUCGCUCUUUCUCCAGCCGCUGCGUAAAGAUGAGACUCGGAUCUCUUUUGAAACUUCUCCUCGGCCUCGCGUUUCCAUUCCGCAACACCAUGCGCGCUCAGACAGGGUGUAUGCUGUGCUUGCAGUGCUCCCCCCGGAGUGUGCGGCAGGCGGCCACUCGGUCCUGCAGAACCCCUACCGCAGCACCACCUUCAGCUCCAGCUGGCUGCAGCAGUCGGCCCUGCAGGACUUCAUCUGUGACCACUCCCUCACGCCGGGCUGGUACCAGUUUCAGAUCUACGAGAAGCCGGCCAGGAUGCCCACCCAGUGUGUGGAGGUGAACCACUGCGGGACUCAGGCUCCAGUCUGGCUGUCUGUGGGCGAGGGCCAGUCGCUGCCGGGGCCGCUGGAGGUCAGGCACAUGACGGCCUGCGCGGCCUGGCAGACCUUCCAGAGCAGCAGCAAAGACUGCUGCAUGUUCAGGAUCCCCGUCACCGUGCGCAACUGUGGGGCUUUCUUUGUGUAUCUGCUGCAGCCCACACAGGGAUGCAUGGGCUACUGCGCACAGGACAUGUCGGAAACCGAACCCACAAAGCUGCCGAUCUGUGGCGCUGGCGAGGUGAAUGCUGGUGGAAGCUGUAAAACUGCUAUUAGGCCUCCAAGCCCGUCUGUGCCAGUGAUUGUGUCAGAAGUGACGGGUAACGCCGUUCAGCUGAAGUGCAGCUUUGAGAGCAGCUCCAACAGCUCCCUGGGCUACAUGGUGGCCUGGUCUCGACUCUCCUCGGAGGGCAGGAAGGAGGAGCUCAAACAGGAAACCACCAUCCACACCUCUGCCUUUAUUGAGCUGGACGGCUUCAACCUGCGUUUGGGGGACAAGAUUUACUGCUCCAGCUCCAGUUUCUUCUUGGAGUCGCCCAACAUUCAGAGUCCUCCUGUAGAAAGUCUGGAGUUCUUUGCUGGCAUUAGGUUAAAGCCGGAGGUGAGUGCUGUGUCUGAGGACGGGAGACUUUAUGAUUUGCUGGUUGAGAGCACAGUUCCUGUCCCCUGUCCGGACGGCUCGUUCUCCUCCACAGAGAGCUGCGCUCUGUCACUGCAGCUCCACACCAGCAGUCAAGAUGAGGCUUUGCUGGGCUCAGACCUUUCUCUGUCCUCCUGUGUGGUGGAGCUGUCACAGGCUCCCUGUACUGACGGGAUUUGCAGCCAAGCUCUGAUCAACUUUAGUCCCAUCACGGACUUUGUUAAAGAUGGAGAGCGGACAACUCACAUCUCAGUCGAGCCCAUCGUCACACACAAUUUUCUCUGGAGCGGAUAUUCGCCGGAACGGGUUCAGAUUGCUGUUAAGGAUGUUCCCUCAGCCUACUGCUACUCAUUCACUGAUCCCCACGUCAUCACGUUUGAUGGCAGGUACUACGACAACUACCAGAUAGGCACCUUUGUCCUCUACAAGAGCCGUUUGUGGCCAUUUGAGGUGCAUGUCCGUCAGUGGGAGUGCGGCAGCUUGGUGCACGCCGCCUCCUGCGCCUGUGGUUUCGUGGCCAGGGACGGCGCCGACGUCAUCUCCUUCGACAUGUGCAACGGGGAAAUGGGCGAAACCGAGCCCCAGCUGUCUGUGAAGAGCAGAGACCUGAAGAAAAGCGCCGUUCGGAUAACCGAGUCCUACCAAGGACGCAAAGUUACUGUGACCUUCUCCUCCGGGGCCUUCGUUCGUGCCGACGUGUCUGAAUGGGGAAUGAGCCUGACGCUGAGGGCCCCCGGCUCGGACCGGGGUCACACCGAGGGUCUGUGCGGGACGUACGACGGACGGCCAGACAACGACUUCCGCUCGGCGGGGGGCGACACGCCGGAGGAUCUGCAGGCCUUCAUCUCUGAAUGGAGACUUCCUCCAGGCAGCAGCCUUUUUGACUCCGUGCCUUCAGAUCUGACAACCCCAAACACGCCCAAACUCUGUGCCUGUCCAUUAAAGCAGCGCGUCUCGUCUCCCAGAACCAGAUCCCAGCAAACCGGCUCCUCGGACUCCUGCUCUGAUCACGGCAACUUCCGGUUCCUCAGUGUCAUCCCCACCGUGGACGUCACGGCCAAGUUCCUCCGCUCAAUGGAGCCACUGAAACAAAGGAAAGUAGAGAAACAAGAAAAGAUCGGAGACGGAGCAUCGGCCUCGGCUCAGCGGAGAGGCCGGCGGCAGUCCGGCCCAAAAAGCGGGUCCUACUUUUUCCCAGAGGAUCACGAACCCGCGAUGCAGCCGGACACUGCCCCGACGUGGCCCGCGCCCUCAGGCCUGACCGAGCAGGAGGCCCAGGCUCAGUGCCAGCAAGCCGUGGCAGAGUCCAGCGUGGCGGCGGGCUGCGGGCCUCUGCUGGACGGACCCACCCUGGGCCGCGCGGUGGACAUGUGCGUGGCCGACCUGCAGCUGAAGGACGAGCCCUCCUGGCAGAGGGCCGCCUUACCACUGCUGGAGAACGAGUGCGAGAGGAGGCUCCUGGAGGAGCCGGGGAGAGGGGAGGGGCUCCAGGACGCUCUCGCCAUCCUCAGGUGUCCGGAUCUGUGCAACGGGAACGGCCAGUGCUCAGAGUGGGGCUGCGUGUGCUUCCCGGGAUUCGGAUCGUACGACUGCGGCGUGCUGUCUGACCAGAUCCCAGAGAUCUCCAAACUGGAGAAGGACGGCCUGUGUGACGUCCGUCAGGGGGGCUGCUCCGUCAUCCGGGUCAACGGUCAGGGCUUCCAGGAAUCCUACGAGCUCAAGUGUGAGUUUGUGAAAGAAAAGUUUGAGGAUGGAGAAUGGAUUCUGGACACGCCACAGUUUGGCCAGGCUACGUUUGUGGAUGAAACAGCUCUGGAGUGCCAGCUCCCCCAGCAGGAGAGCUGGGUUCCUGCAGGCUUGAACCGGGAAAUGGGGACAAACGGACCUCUGGCCCGCUGGCAAAUCAAAGUUUCAAACGAUGGCUACAGCUACAGUAAUGCCAAGAUCCUGACCCUGUAUAACGGAUCCUGCCAGGUCUGCAGCCUCAGCACAGAAGUGGUCUGCACCCUGAGGGAGAACACCUGCAGCAUUGACGGUGUGUGUUACACGGAGGGCGAGUCCAGUCCCAGCAGUCCCUGCCUCACCUGCCGUCCCCACCUCUCCGGGCACGCCUGGUCCAUGGCAGAUAAGAACGAGCCGCCGCUGUUCCAGCCGCCACCAUUUCAACUCCGCUCCUUCCAGGAGGAGAAUUUCAUCUACCAGCUGGAGGCCGGGGACCCUGAGGGAUCCGCGGUCGUUUUCUCUCUGGCGUCUGGUCCAGAGGGGGCCUCGCUGUCUCCGGCUGGCCUGCUGAUGUGGAAGGCCGCUGCCAGACCCGGGAACACACACACGUUCCGCUUUACUGUGACAGACCACUGCAAUGCAGAAACCAGAGCGUCUGUGGAGGCAAGUGCUGGGGGAAGAGGAGAGUGUCACUUGCAUAAACGCAAGCCAUUUCUCCCCCCAGUGUCCGUGCAGCCCUGCAUGUGUCUGAACGGAGGUUCCUGUGCCACCAACGUCCAGCUGCCCGCCGGCCGCGGGGAGUACGUGUGCCUGUGCCUGGAUGGCUUUGCGGGGGAGAGGUGUGAGCUGGACGUUGACGACUGUAAACCCAACCCCUGCAGACUGGGCCGCUGCAUCGACGGACCCAACUCCUUUUCCUGCGUCUGCCCCCCUGGAAUGACAGGCCGCACGUGCAGAGAAGACAUAGACGAGUGCGUUUCUCAGCCGUGCUUCGCUGGAGUGAGCUGCAACAACACAGUGGGCUCGUUCAUCUGCGGACCGUGUCCACGUGGAUACAGAGGCGAUGGGAGAAACUGUAACCCUAACACAGGCAAUCCGAGUAAGGCCGUGAUGUCGCCGGCCAGAAUCCCGCUGGUUUCACUGAGGCCCUCGAGCCCGUCGCCGUGCAGCAGAGGGCCGUGUUUUCCUGGGGUUCGGUGCUUCGAGAGCGUCCAUGUUUCAGCAGGCUUCGUCUGUGGACCCUGCCCUCCGGGACUACAGGGAAAUGGACAAGCAUGCACAGCAGCUGGUCAUGGUACAGUCACCAGAGGAGCAGAUGCUCACUCUCAUAUCCUCAAGUCCAGUUCCAGCAAAGAUACGACCUCCCCUAUUUCUUCUCCAUCCUCAUCUUCCACUUCUCCCAGAGUACUGCCUGACAGGAAGUCGAACCCAGAGACAACCUUCUCCACUUUCAGACGAAAUUCUUUUGUAAACAGAAAGACGGCAACCGUCCAGAAUCAAACUGCUGCCAGAGUGUUUCCUCCCAGUGUUCACACAGGCCAGCCCACCGGGGUUGAACUGACCCCUGACCCCUCGAACGCACCCAGAUGGAGGUCACCCACGCAGCAGCUGACCUGUGCAGACUCCCCCUGCUUUGCUGGUGUUUCCUGUGAACUCUCCGUCACGGGCUCCUUUAAAUGUGGCCGUUGCCCGCACGGUUACACCGGGGAUGGAGUCAUAUGUAAAGCUGUUUGCAGGUAUCAGUGUGGGAGGAACAUGGAGUGCAGCCUGCCCAACACCUGCACCUGCAAAGAGGGUUACACCGGGUACAACUGCCACAUAGCCGUGUGCCAGCCCGAUUGUAAGAACCAGGGCAGAUGCGUGAGGCCCGACGUGUGCGAAUGUCCUACAGGCUACGGGGGGCCCACCUGUGAGGAAGCCAGCUGCGAUCCGCCCUGUCGCCAUGGAGGCACCUGCCUGGCCAGGAACCUGUGCACCUGCCCCUACGGCUACGUGGGACCCAAGUGUGAAAUCUUGGUGUGUAACAGGCACUGUGAAAACGGAGGCGAGUGCGUCGCUCCGGACGUCUGCAAAUGCAGACACGGCUGGUAUGGACCGACGUGUAGCUCAGCUCUCUGUGACCCCCUCUGCCUGAACGGAGGAACAUGCGUAAAGCCCAACAUCUGUGCCUGUCCCAGCGGUUUCUACGGCUCUCAGUGUCAAAUCGCUGUUUGCAGUCCGCCUUGUAAGAAUGGAGGUCAGUGUAUGAGAAACAAUAUGUGCUCUUGCCCCGAAGGCUACACAGGAAAGAGGUGCCAGAGGAGUGUGUGCGAGCCGGUGUGCAUGAACAGAGGCAAGUGUGUGGGACCCAACACGUGCUCUUGUGCGUCCGGAUGGAGGGGGAAGAGAUGUAACAUACCCGUCUGCCUGCAGAAGUGUAAGAAUGGUGGUGAGUGUGUGGGUCCGAACACCUGCCACUGCCCCGUGGGCUGGGAGGGCCUCCAGUGCCAGACGCCGGUGUGUAGGCGGCGGUGCCUGAACGGGGGGCGCUGCGUGCUGCCGGACCACUGCCACUGCCGCAGGGGCUACAAGGGUCUCACGUGUGCAAUGAAGGCGUCACAUGCAUGAAGAUAAAAGGAGAACGGGAGGAGAAAAGACGGCAGGAAACAAGAGGAGAGCACCGAGGAGUUGUAGAAAUGCGUUUGAGUGCGGGUGUUUCGGCGGACAUCGGUGUGUAUGUGCGCCUCUGUGCGGAGGGACUUGAUGUUUUGCACUGUUGUCCCUGUGUAUCACUACCUCAUAGCUCAAAGUAACACAUCUGUCAAACGCAUCAGCAGCACCUCUCACAGACGAGAAGAAAAAAACGUUUAUUUUCCAUGAAUCAGUGCGAUCGGUCGCAUUUUACGGCAGGUUCUGGCUUUUGUGGUGUUUUAAGGAAAGAAUAAUGAGCAGAAUUAGCCAAUAUCCUGCUCUAAAUCCCUUCCAUCGACGCAUUUAUUUUCUCCUACUUUAACAACGUGUUACUAUAAAUAUCUUGCAUUCUUGCUACUUCCUUACAAUGAAGUAUAUUUGGAUAUUUUUCAUAUCCGCACACCUAACUCAAUCAUGAAGUCCAGAUUAUACCAGUAAAUACGGUAGUAUUAGGUCUUUUAUAGGUCUUUUACGGGAGACAGUGAUAUGAAUAUGCUAACAAUUAUCAUGAGAAUGAAAUGUUUUUGCUUUUGCUUCCAUGAAGAUUCAGUUUGUAACUGGCACCAUAUAUUGUUCGAUGUAAUGCAAAGUAAAGGUUCU